GAUGGCCGAAAGCGUCGCAGGUGAGAGUCUCGCAGGUGCGCUGCCAGUCGAUGCAGAGCAGAGGCCGUCAGAUCGUCUUCACCGCAGCCAUGUCCUGCAGUCGAGGUGCGCGUGGCUGCGGGCGCCGCUGCCACUCCUGCCAUCGCGCGCGUCGAUGGCGCCAGUUCAUCCGCCGCUCCGCCACCGCCGCGCGCCGCUUGCUCUCCCCGCAGUGCAGGCGCCCCUAUUGCCGAGCCUGUUUGCUCUCUGCGCCCAAGUCACAUUGCCACUCUCGCCGCACAGGGGCAGCCACUGGCGGCCAAAAGGGGCGCCGCGCCGCGAGGAGGUCAAGCGCUUGCUGGCCGCCCGGGUGCAGAGCGAAGCGCGAGCGUUGAACAGGGCCAGCGCGCAGCGACGCCAGGGUAGCAGCCGCUCUGCCUCUUCUCGUGUUGAGCCAGGGUGGGAUGGCUCGUGCAACCUCUUGCAAGCUCGCUCGAAGCAGCAUGGCGCCGUCGCCGAAGCGGCUCCGGGUAGCCUGCUCUCAUGCGCCCCGCAGAGCCUGAAGGGUCCGAGCUGGCGCGUCGCCGAGGCGCGGCAAAAGAGCUCGCUCCUCAUCAGCCGGCGGCACGGCGAUGCUCCCUGAAGCGAGCUGCAUGUGUCAGCCUCGCGCUGCAGCUCACUGGCCGCCUGACGCUGGACAGCAACAGGCUUCGAUCGGACGAGCAGGACAGAAGAUUCGAUUUGAGAGACAAGGAGGGUAGCCUGAACGGGCAAAUGAAGAAGAGGGCGCACUCUCCAUUCUUGGCAGCAGGAGGCGCUCAUUCAAGCAGAGAUAUGGAGAGGAGGCGCAGAUAUCAGUCUUAGGCAGGCUGAAGCAGUCAUCGUCCCCCGCAGGCCGAGGGCGCUGCGAGAUGAGCCGGCAGAGAG